CUCAGACCCAGGAGUACAGGUCCCCAGCCUCCUCCUCCCCUAGGAUCCAGAAGUUGUGGCCCAAAGCCCCUCUGGUCUCUGAGUCCUUCAGGCUGUUUCCCUGCUGCGUCCAGGUGCAGGGGCAGCCUCCUGACCUCCCGCGGGGGUCCUGCCUUCCCCCCUGUCCAGGUCCCUAUCCCAGCCUUGGCCAUGACCCUGGCGGCUUCCUCCCAGCGCUCCCAAAUCAUUCGCUCCAAGUUCCGUUCUGUCCUCCAGCUCCGGAUCCACAGACGGUAUCAGGACCCGACCUCUUCCUCCGGGCCCGGCUGGCUGCCUGAAGGCCUCGCGGGGCCCUUCCCCACCUCUCCAGUCUCCGACCCAGAUCCGCGGAUCUCAGCCUCCGGCCCGGCUCGGGCCCCCAUCCCAGCCUCGCCCUCCGGCCCGGCCUCCUUCCUCUCCAGUCCUGGGGUCCUGCGCCCCGAGCCCCGACGCUGCCCUUGGAGGCCCCUGAAGAAUGCGACCCCCAAGACCUCCCAGCGCUGGGGGGAGGCCGAGCCCCAGGGGAGCCUGACCUACCACCAGUACCUGCCCCCAGAGCCCGGACAAGGGUCCAGGGCAGACCCCGAGGCCCCAGGGCCGGCCGGGGUGACCCCGGGGCCGCUUCCGUGGGCAGAGACAAGCGCGCAGCAGCCACCUCCUAGGAUGAAGGCCUCCUCUCUCCCCGCCGGCUCCCCCGGGGUCUCCAGCCCCGCGCCGCCUCCGCACAAGUUGGAGCUUCAGACCCUUAAACUGGAGGAGCUGACGGUCUCGGAGCUCCGGCAGCAGCUGCGCCUGCGGGGCCUCCCGGUGUCGGGGACCAAGUCGACGCUCCUGGAGCGCAUGCGCGGAGGCGCCCCAUCCCGCGAGCGGCCGAAGUCACGGCGCGAGGAAGGUCCCGCGGGCGCGCCCUGGCCACGCCUCAGGCCCAAGGCCCUCGCAGCCGCCCGACGUCACGGCUCGUCCAAGCCCAGCCCAGCAUCUCCCCCGCCGCCUCUUUCUCGUGCCGUGGGAACCCACGUGCCCGCUCCGGCUCCGGCUCCGACUCCGGCUCCCGCUCCGGCUCCCGCUCCGGCUCCGGCUGCAGAGCCGACCCCUUCCGCAGCACCAGCCGCAGCAGCCCCGACUCUGGAGCAGGAGCUGCAGGAAGCGAUCCGGAGGGCGCAGUUGCUUCCGAACCGGGGCAUCGAUGACAUCUUGGAGGGUCAGGACGAGCCUGAUGACCUGCUGCCCCCUAUCCCGCUGGACUUCCCUGGCUCCUUCGACGUGCUGUCCCCUUCCCCAGACUCUGAAGGCCUCUCCUCUGUCUUCUCUUCCUCGCUCCCGUCCCCCACAAACUCCCCAUCCGCCUCUCCCCGGGGCCCCACGGACUCCUUGGACUGGCUGGAAGCUCUGAGCGGGGGUCCUCCGCUGGGCUGCGGCCCCCCGGCCCCCAGCAUCUUCUCUGCUGAUUUAUCGGACUCCGGCGGCCCCCGGCUGUGGGACCUGCUGGAGGGUCCAUGGUGAUGGAUUCUAGGGUUUCAAGGGACGGAGAACCGGUAGGGAACCGGUAGGGACGGGGAGUCACAGAGACGGACUCCCUGAGGGAGGGGUUGGAACCCCGCCCACCCCAGACCCAGGAUCAGAAGCAACUCUCAUCUCACCUGGGCCCUAAACUGCUGCCGGGCACGCCAACCACCUGACUGUCCCUGCCCGACCUCCAGGGCUGUGUGCUGGGGGCCGGGAGCCUCAUUCGCUGCUGGCCGGGCAAACAAGCUGCUCGCUGCUUCCCGCAGACACCUCUCCGAUGUCUUCUUCUCAUCCCGCCAGCUGCGGGGCUACCUGUGGCUGGGGCACCUGGAGGCUGCUCUAUGCUUUUGGGGUGCAGAGAGGGGGAGGGAGGAGUGGGGAGGGAGGACGGGGAGCUAGACCCUUGGCUUCUGGUUGGAGAUGAGAACAUCAGAAACGGCGUGUCCCAGGUCAGAUUCUGAGCAGAGCCUGAGGCAACACUCCUGUGUCCAUGACUUCUUAAAGAGGUGCUCCCAGGAGAAACCAAAAAGGAAGGGGUGAGCCAGGACAGCGAGGGGGAGAACAACAGGAGGGUGACGUCAGGUGAAGUCCCCAUCUCAGCCCAACCCCGGAGGAUGAAUUAAGUUGCAGGGUCGCGCCCGGCUGGUGCGGCUCAGCGGCUGAGUGUCGACCCAGGAACCAAAAGGUCACCGGUUCGAUUCCUGGUCGGGGCACAUGCCUGGUUUGCGGGCUCCACCUCCAGUAGGGGUGCAUGCAGGAGGCAGCUGAUUGAUGAUGUUUCUCUCUCAUCGAUUUUUCUACCUGUCUCUCUAAAAAUCAAUAAAACCAUAUUUUUAUUUUAUUUUUAUUUUUUAAAUAUUUUUAUUGAUUUUUUACAGAGAGGAAGGGGGAGGGAUAGAGAGUAAGAAACAUCAAUGAGAGAGAAACAUCCAUCAGCUGCCUCCUGCACACUCCCCACUGGGGAUGUGCCCGAAACCAAGGUACAUGCCCUUGACCGGAAUCGAACCUGGGACCCUUCAGUCCACAGGCCGACACUCUAUCUGAACCAAACCGGUUAGGGCCUUUUUUUUUUUUUUUUUUUUUUUAAAGGUGCAGGUCGUUCCACCUUGAGGCAAAGGGAACUGGGCCUUUAAGGCAAAGGGAGAUCCCAGUUUGGGUUUUUAUCCCUGAAUAACAAACCACCCCAAACAUAGAGUCUUAAAAUAAUAACUACGAUUGCUCACAAUUCCAGGGGUGGACUGGGCUCAGCAAGGCAGUUCUUCGGCACCGUCUGAUGUCAACUAGGGCUGCAGUCAUCUUAGGGCCCAGCCGGCUGCAAAAUCCACGAUGCUGCUCGCAGGCAUGCCGGUGCCUUAGCAGGGACGGCUACUGGGCUGGACUCGCUUGGGCUGUGGGCCUCUGCAUUUCUCUCGCUCUCUGCGUAGUCUCCGCCCUCUCCCUCUCCACGUGGCCCCCCCCAACAGCGGCAGGGACUCCUUACAUGGUAGCUCAGGGCUCCCCAAAGUGAGUGUUUCUAGCGGAGGAAGCAGAACUUUCACCAUUUUCUUUUAAAAAAAAUACAUUUUUAUUGAUUUCAGACAGGAAGGGAGAGGGGGAGAGAGAGAAUCAUCAAUGAUGAGAGAGAAUCAUUGAUCGGCUGCCUCCUGCAUUCCCCCUACUAGGGCUUGAGCUGCAACCUGGGCAUGUGUCCUGACCAGGAAUCAAAGCGUGACCUCCUGGUUCAUUUGUCAACACUCAACCAUGGGGGCCACACCGGCCGGGCGCCAUUUUCUAUUGGUUAAUGCAAGUCAUGCCAAUCCAGGCUGAAUAUGGAAGGGGGCGGGAUAGCGAGGGCUGGAGGUAACAAAGGGAAUAGGGGACUACUAAAUGUGUUAAUAUCAGGGUGGUGGUGGCAUAGUCAUUGGAGGCCGUAUUUGGAGACUUGCUAUUACACCCCUCUAGUUAGUCAUGGGCUAUGGGUCCUGAGAGGGGCCUGGGACACAAACUCUCAAGCACUUUGACCCCACGGGCGAUCCUGGGAAGAAGGUCACAGGGUAAUUGGUUAGCAGCAGAGUUUUAAAAUGUAGAUAUUAGUAUUAUUCAGGUUUGACGAAGUCAACAGAUCAGGAUCCGAUUGACAUUGAAAAGAGAGUUUGUUAUUCUCAGUUCCCAAAAGAGGGGAAUACUCCUGCCCUAGUCGGUUUGGCUCAGUGGAUAGAGCGUCCGCCUGCGGACUGAAGGGUCCUGGGUUCGAUUCCUGGUCAAGGGCACAUACCUCAGUUUCAGGCUCGAUCCCCAACCCUGGUUGGGCGCAUGCGGGUGGCAACCAAUGGAUGUGUCUCUCUCACAUUGACGUUUCUCUCUGUGUGUCUCCCCUCCUCCCUUCCACUCUCUCUAAAAGUCAAUGGAAAAAAUAUCCUUGGGUGAGGAUUAACAACAAGGACAAAGAAGGGAAUUUUCCAAGCCAUGCAGGGCCACAUGGGGAAGCCCCAGUGUCAGCCAGGGGGCAAAGGGAGAGAGGGGAAGAGCAUUUAUUGUGGUUCCCUCAAGAAGGAACAGCUGAGGCAGAGCCCUAGCUGGUUUGGCUCAGACUGAAGGGUCCCGAGUUCGAUUCCACUCAAGGGCACAUGCCCGGGUUGCGGGCUCGAUCCCCAGAAGGGGGCGUGCAGGAGGCAGCUGAUCGAUGAUUCUCUCCCAUCAUUGAUGUUUCUCUCUCUCUCCCUCUCCCUUCCUCUCUGAAAUUAAUAAAGAUGUAUAUAUUUUAAAAAGGAACAGAUGAGGCAGGUGAGCAGGCCUGAGGUUGGCUAGUGUGAGUGAUUUCAGCAGGCUCUUGGGUCCCCAGGUGCCUGGAGCCUCGCCCUGGGGCAAUCAGGCAGAGAACAGUGUCCUGGGAAGUGGCUGUGAGUCCAGGCUGUGGGUUGCUAGGUUUGCAUACGAAAGGCCUGUGCACAGGCGGGUUCUUUGUUACCUCCAGGAAGUAGCUGGCCCGGUGGGGGGCAGUCCCUCCACUGUCAACAAAGCCCCAGAUGUCAAAACACCACAAAUACUGUAUAUACAGAAGAGGAAAAAGGCAUCCUUCAUGCACAGAGCUCACAGCAGCUGGGGGCUGGAUGAACAGAGCUGGUAAGGGGACCUGAGCUGGCCACCGGCCGUGUCCACUACAGGUGGGAAAGGACACAAUAUCAGGACAAUCCAUGUGACGGGACUGAGAGCCCAUGAUGUCCCCUUGCCUUGCUGUCAGUUUCCUCACCUGUACCUAUAGCCCCGUGUGGCUGAGAGUGCCUACAGACUGGGCCUGGCACGGGAGACCUGCCAAUGGAUAGUGAUCACUGUUAUUAAUUUACAAUCAACAAUCCUAGUGCCUCGACGUGUGGAAAACUGUUGGACAUGAGCGAUCCCCCAUUAAAAGAGGGCAAGGGAAUGCAUGCUUGGUACCAUGAAGCAAAGGCAAUGUUUAUAUAUAUUUUAUUAAUUCAGAGAGGAAGGAAGAGGGAGAGAGAGAUAGAAACAUCAAUGAUGACAGAGAAUCAUUGAUGGGCUGCCUCCUGCAUGCCCCCCACUGGGGGUCGAGCCCGCAACCCGGGCAUGUGCCCUUGAACAGAAUUGAACCCGGGACCCUUCAGUCCGCAGGCUGAUGCUCUAUCCACUGAGCCAAACCGGCUUGAGCCAAAGGCAAUCUUUGGGCUUCAGAAGAACCCCUUUCCAGAUGAAGUCAUUGAAGAUCAGAGAAGGGGAGUGAUAUGGCCAGUGUCUCACAGAUGGGAGGGAGGGAGGAGAGAGAGGAACAUCAGUGAUGAAAGAGAAUCAUUGAUCAGCUGCUUCCUGCACGCCCUGCUGGUGACCGA